AUGCGUCAAACGAGAUCCGUCACUCGGAAGCUGCGUGAAGCGCAGAGGGAGAGCCUUACGGCAGAUAGCAACGACCAAGCGGGCGGUUCUUCUGCUCAGAAUGGAAGUCUCCCUCGUGGCCAAGAGGCUGGUAACUUGUCUGCCAUAAAUAUCGGCGGCCCAGACAUAGCCACCUUUGGCUCUUUGGAAGAAUUUCUCAACCAAGCGCCACAGAGUCAGGAGCAGCAAGAACAGCAGCAGCAGCAGCAGCAAGAAGAACUGCAACCAGUUUUAUACGACCCCCUGAAUCAGCCAUAUCUCCCAUGGGAUUGUCCAGGUUCCGACCAGCAUUUGUAUCCCUCUCCUGCACCAGCAAUGGCAGACGACCAGAGCUACCUGUCUCCGUCUUACUUUGUGGAGCCAAAUUUCUUUGCCAGUGACUUCACGCAGGAGCAAUACCAGUACCAGUUUGAUGACUACCAGGCAUUGCAGCCGUGGGUACCUCCAAGUCUCGAAGAAGCUGCCAUCUUGGAUGUGCAAGGCAUGCAAGGCCACGUCGGCGAGCUCUAUGAGCCUCUGCCAUUCGGAUAUGCCAUGAUGCCAGACUAUCUGGUUCAAGAUCCUCUCUUGGAUGAGCGAUGGGCAGCAACAUACGAGGGUGAUCUUUUUGGACAUUCUCAAGCCCUAGAUACCGUCCAGAGCGAGGCAGUGCCUCUUGAUGAGAACGCCCAAUUCAACCUGCCGGUGGCUUCUCCCGCACAGUCUGUCACGGAGAUUGCCCCUACUGCGCAAGAACCCCAGCAGCCUCUCCCGGGUAAUAAGAAACGCGCUCCCCCUAACCCUAAAAUCCCAUUUGUUCUAGCCGGUACCAAGGCCGAUGUCGAAAGAGCAAGGCGAAGAAGACUUGCCGGUAGACGCCGCAAGGGCCCCAAGCCCGUGAUGGAAGUCGAUUGGCUGCCUCAUGGCGCUGAUAGAGAGACUAAGAAUAGGUUUCUCUUAGAAGCACGCCGCUACGAGGUUUCCUACAAGAUGAUCAAGAUGUAUGGUCGCUUUAAAGAGGCAGAGUCGACUCUUCGUGGCCGUUACCGAACCUUGACGAAAAGAAGGGAGGAUCGGGUCCGAAAUCCCAAGUGGACCCCAAUUGAUAUUCAACUUUUGAAGGAGGCAGUGCAAGUGUACGCCGGCAGCGAACAUCCAGACAGAGCUGGGAUAUCUUGGAUGAUGGUGUCCCAAUACAUCAAGAGCCAUGGCGGCACGUACUCGUUUGGGUACAAUACUAGUCACAGGAAAUGGUUGCACCUCGAAAGGACUGGACAGCUUGGAGACAACGUGUUUGACCAGAGCUGGGAAGAUCAUGACGACGAUGAGAAUGUCGAUGUCGAUGUCGAUGAUGAAAAUGAGGAUGCCGAUGUCGAUGAUGAAAAUGAGGAUGCCGAUGUCGAUGAUGAAAAUGAGGAUGCCGAUGUCGAUGAUGAGAUGGAGGGGGUUGAUACCGACCUUCACGAAGAGCCCAAAGACGAAGAUGGCGACGAGGAUGAGGGUAAAGAUGACGAUGAGGCCGAAGAUGGCACCUAUGGAGAGAACUAA